AUGUGAUGUUAUAAAUUAAUGAAAAAUUGUUAAUGAAUUACAUAUUAUAUUCGAAAUUUACUAGAUUAAAUUGAAUGUGGAAAAAUUAACCUAAAAAUAUUCCAAAAGGAAAAAUAAAAACGAGUUGCAUAUACUAAAGUGGCAUGGAAUCUGAAGAAACGUUUAAGUUAACAUUAAUUAAUUGCUUAAUGCAACAAAUAAGUGAAAUUGAAGUUUUAACUUCUAUUUAUAAUGAAGAUUCUAUUAUCCUAACUGAUGCUAAUGCCCUUAAAGACAUAAAAGAUUUUGUUGAAAAUAGAAUUCCAUAUACACCUAACCAUUUAGAUUUUACAUUCAAUCUUGUAAUAGAUGGUUUAAAAUUAGAAAUAUCUGUUAAUUUACCAAGCCUUUACCCAGAAGAAGAACCAGAUAUGUAUAUCAGAUGUAACCAAUUAAAUCGACAACAAGAGUCUGCCUUAAACUCUGAUCUCACUGAUUACAUUAAAAAUAACCACCUUGGAGAACAGUGUUUAUAUACAGCAUUUUCAUGGGUUCAAGAAAAUAUAGAUCAGUAUAAAAAUAAAUUAAAUGAAGUUACAAGUCCACUGUGUAGUGCAGUUACUGGUACGUCUAAAUUUUCAAGAUUGUGGAUAUAUUCACAUCAUAUUUAUAACAAGAAAAAGAGAGAACAGAUUGUGAAAAUUGCGAGAGAAUAUAAUUUAACAGGAUUUUGUUUAUCGGGAAAGCCUGGUGUUAUAUGCAUAGAAGGUCUUGAAACUGAUUGCCAAGAAUGGUGGAAAAUCAUAAAAUCCAUGAGCUGGAAGAAAAUUGUGAUAAGAAAAUCAGAAACCUUCAACAUAACUGAAAGAAGUUUGAACCAAAAGUUUAAAAAUUUUGAGGAAAUACAUGUUGAUAUGAGCAGCUUUUCAAAAUAUUUAGAAGCAUUUGGCUUAACACAAGUUUUUAAUGAACUGUUUGGAUUAAACAAUAUCAAUACCCAACAUUAUUAAAAUAUCAACAUCUUAAAAUAUAUUUAUUUAACUGCAAGGGCAACCAAU